GUGUAUCUGAACUAUCACUUGCCACAAUGUGAUUUUUCUCAAAAGGAAAGAUGUGUUUGAAUGACAUUUUAAGAGAUAUUACCCAACGUGUUGGUCGGCCUAAUCCUCCAAGGCCGGAGCCCGGAGUCCAACAGCACCCGCAACAACAUUAUGUGAACUAUCACCAGCAGAAUCCCAUAAUCGUACCAUCAACUGGUCCCACAUUUGCUCCAUCCCAUAACACCGUAUAUAGCAACAAUAAUGGCUCCGGACAGACUGCUCAAGGCCCUCAGUCAUUCCCACCAGAUCGACCCACUCAGCGGCCGUCUAGCAGUUUCACUUGGGGCAACCUUGUCACCACAGACAAAAGGCCUUCACCGUUAUUUGCGCGCCUCCUUGACGCAAUUUUCAAUUUCGCCGACCGGAAUCACUGGCCGCAAAAUACCGAAGGCCUCGAGCCAUCCAAGUACGCCUUUCUUCAUGAAGAAAUGGGAUAUCCUCUCCAAGGAAACCCUUCCAAGUUAUACCUCCAGCUAGCGACCGAAAAUCACUUCCCAACGCCCGAAGCGACCCGUAAUGAAGCCCUGACAAUUCUUUACAGAACUUUCGGCUUCCGCUUCUCCAUAGGCCAAGGUGAGAUACCAGUGCUGAGUCGCCAAGGGUUUCAUUCCGCCAUGCUCCUUGACACCCUCGUCGACCCCACCGGGCAGCUCAGUCGAUUCAACCACAUCCUCUCCCGCCGCCACGCGGGCAUCUUGGACCCCGAGACGAACAUGCCGUUUCCGUUGGCGUCCAUUCCGAGGGCCUCAUUUCCAAUGGGGGCGGAUCAGCAAAAGCUGCUCGACCAACGGAACGCAAAUUCAAGAUUCAACGCUGAAUUUCGAGAGUACAUGGCACAAUUGCAAGGCAUGCAGCAGCAGGUACAUUUUGCUACCAUGAAUGCCAUGACACCGGGGUAUUGGAUAUAUGGGCCGUACGGUAGAUAUGAAUAUCAUAGCACUGGAGGGCUAAACUGGUGAUUUGCAGAAGAUACGCACAGGAUUAUGGGGAACAAUUUGCAAACAUCGAUUCUUGGAACAUUUUCAUCUGUAAUGAAACGCUCAGUGUAAGCAUUCAGUGUUGGGUAGCUAUGCCAAAAGCCCACAAUAACCCUGAGGCGGAGACUUUCUGUUAAUGGUGUUGCUUAUAUCAGGUCUAAUAUUCCUUGAAUAUGUUAUAUGUAUGCUACCCACGUCAUGUAAAUCACAAACUGUUGCCUGCUAAGAAGAGGCAUGAUCUGCUAGUUCUGAAUUAAUAUGGCUGAACAAGCGGAAUAUAAGUAGCC